AUGCGCACACGCCGCCCGGCCGGCCCAGUCCCCGCCGCCGCCUCUGUUCUAUGGUGUUUCCCUAGAGGAUCGCCGGGGUGGGGGCCGCGGCUGUCGGCGCUCCUGCUUCGGCUGCCUUGGCUGCGGGCUUGCGGGUUGGCCGGCCCCGACCGGCAGCGACAUGGAGGAAUUCGAUUCCGAAGAUUUCUCCACCUCGGAGGAGGACGAGGACUACGUGCCGUCGGGUGGAGAGUACAGCGAAGAUGAUGUAAAUGAAUUAGUGAAGGAGGAUGAAGUGGAUGGUGAAGAGCAGACACAGAAAACCAAAGGGAGAAAAAGGAACGCUGCCAGCGUGGCAGCCAGGAAGAGAAAACAAGGUGGUCUCUUGUUAGAGGAAGACGAAGAGGAAGAUGGCAAGGCAGAAUCUGGAGGAAGUAGCAGCGAGGAGGAAGAGGAGGCAGCGGACCAGGAGAAAGGAGCUGCUUCUGAGGCUGCCAGGAGGAAAAAGGAGGAUGAGCUCUGGGCCAGCUUCCUCAGCGAUGUGGGUUCCAAGCCCAAAGCACCCCCAAGCACGCAGGCACAGAAAGGAGAGGAGACUGAACAGACCGGUUCAAGUAAAUUGUCAGAAAAAGCAGAAGAGCUCGAGAAACCUAAAGAAAUAGAAAAGGUUAAAAUCACCAAAGUGUUUGAUUUUGCCGGUGAAGAAGUGAGGGUUACUAAGGAAGUGGAUGCUAAAUCAAAAGAAGCCAAAUCCUUCUUGAAGCAGAAUGAGAGAGACCGGCCACAGGCGAACGCCCCGUCCACGGCGCUGUCCCUCCCUGCUGGCUCGGGGUUAAAAAGAGCAAGUGGCAUGAGCAGCCUUUUGGGGAAAAUUGGAGCCAAGAAGCAGAAAAUGAGCACCCUUGAGAAAUCUAAAUUGGACUGGGAGAGUUUCAAGGAAGAAGAAGGGAUUGGUGAAGAAUUAGCCAUCCAUAACCGAGGCAAAGAGGGGUACAUUGAACGGAAGGCUUUUCUGGAACGAGUGGAUCACAGGCAAUUCGAAAUUGAGCGCGAUCUCAGGCUGAGCAAAAUGAAACCUUGAUGUCUUGGGGGAAAUCAGUAGCAGUUUAAUCCUGUUUACAAUGUGAGCUUUUUAUGCAUCUGUGACAUGCUUCCCAUUCACUGCUUUCAGGCAAGGUCUCUUUUUCUACAUUGAAAGUCCCUUUAUGUAUCUUGACUUAACAUAAUUUCAUUCGUUUUACUUUCAAAAAUUUGUCCUUAAGAAAAUAAGAUAAAAUAAAAGGUGGUCCUAUGAGGCUGCUGAAAA